UAAGUUCAGAGAGGUUUAAUAUCAGUAAAUUGGCCAUCUUUAUUUCUUUUUGGUUUCCAUCUACUAAGGUGGGUAACUAUGGGGCUUACAAUCUGUAUUGUUGGAGAGAGGCUACAUCCUAAUGAAAUCAUAGAUCUUGUGAAGUAUUUUUAUUAUUCAGAAGGCUUAGGAAACAUUUAAAAAUUUUACUAUUUUAGAAUUUCAUUUUUUUUAAUUCAGAAUUUAAUAAUCACCAACCAAAUGAGUAUUUCCGUACAUAUACAUUGUCAAACCAAAGGAGAGAUUGUGCAUGAAACUACAAAUUUCUGUUAUGUUAUGAAGAUCCUGCUUUUCUUCUUAAAAACUUUUUAAAUACAGAAUUAGAAAAGAAAAGAAAAAAAUUAUCAUAUAUAUAGCAAAUCAAAAGAGCAUGCAAUAUAAACUAAUAAAUUUCCAUUUCAAAAAAACCUAGAUAAUAAUUACUACACAUUCUUUUCAAAGCUGCCCUUCUUUGCUUCCUUGUUGGUUUUCUUUUGUUCUCUGCGGUGCAUUUUUUACUUUAUUUUUUUCCUCUCCCUAAAGAAGGUUACAGUUAAGCCUGGAUAUAUUCAUAGAUAUCUAUAAACAUACAUUCACACAUACAAAUAAGACUGUACCAUGUUUAUUUCUAUCUGUUGUCUGUUUCUCUGAAGGUUCUCCUCUCUUCCUUCAUAUGUGGAGGUCUUUCUAAAUCAACCAGCUCAUCAUUUCCUAUACCACUGCAGUACUUACUAUGCACUCUUAUCACAUCCUAUCUGAUUAUCUAUGAAAGUUUUUUUCUCCAAUUUCUACAUUCUUCCUAUUCUAGACUACAUAGAUUUGAUUUAUACAAGAAGAUUUUCAUUUGAAAUAAUCAAAAUUAUUCUUUUUACCAAAAUACUGAGGAGGAGUUAAAGGAGAAAGGAAAGAGAAAAACAUAACUUGGGGUAAAUAAGAUGGCAGGAAAUACAGAAUUAGUUAUUUUAACUGAAUGUGAAUGGCCAUCUUACCACUUCCACUUUAGUGUAUAGCAGACUGGAUUAAAAGCCAGAAUCCUGCAACUUGCAGUUUACAAGAAACACAUUUAAGUAAAGGUAAAAGCCUGGAGCAGAAUCUAUCAUGCUUCAGGUGAAGUAAAAAAAAAAGCAGGGGUAGCAAUCCUGAUCUCAGAUCAAGCAAAAGCAAAAGUAGAUCUAAUUAAAAGAGAUAAGGAAGGAAACUAUAUCUUGCUAAAGGAUACCAUAGAUAAUGAGGCAAUAUCAAUACUAAAUAUAUUUGCACUAAGUGGUAUAGCAUCCAAAUUCCUAGAGAAGUUAAGAGAACUGCAAGAAGAAAUAGACAGCAAAACUAUACUAGUGGGGGAUCUCACCCUUGCUCUCUCAGAACUAGAUAAAUCAAACCACAAAGUUUUAGAAAAUUUAAGUAUGAUAGAUCUUUGGAGAAAAUUGAAUGGAGACAGAAAGGAGUAUGUAUACUUUUUUUCUCAGCAGUUCUGGAACCUAUACAAAAAUUGACCAUGUAUUAGGACAUAAAACCCUCAAAAUCAAAUGCAGAAAGGCAGAAAUAAUAAAUGCAUUUUUUCAGAUCAUGAUGUAAUAAAAAUCUCAUGCAAUGAAAGGCCAGCAGAAAAUGGACCAAAAAUUAAUUGGACACUAAAUAGUCUAAUCCUAAAAAAUAGUGAAACAACAAAUCAUCGACACAAUCAAUAACUUCAUUCAAGAGAAUGACAGUAAUGAGACAACAUACCAAAAUUUGUGGGAUGUUGUCAAAACAGUCAUUAGGGGAAAUUUUAUAUCGCUAGAGGCUUACUUGCAUAAAAUAGAGAAAGAAAAGCUCAAUGAAUUGGACUUACAACUAAAAAAGCUAAAAUAAUUAAAAUUAUUCUUUUUACACUCCUAACAUGUUCUCCCUUAUAAUUUAAAGUCUGAUACUAUUGAAUGUUUACAUCUUUUUUUUUUCCUGGUUUCUUUUGCUUUUCCAAAUGAACUUUGUUCUUCUUUUUAGUAGUCUAAUUGGGUUGACAUUGAAUAAAUAGAUUAGUUAGGUAAAAUUGUCAUUUUAAAAAUUUCAUUGGCUUUAGCAGCCCAUGAACAAUAAAUAACUUCAAUUAUUUAGAUCUGAGUUUAUAUUAAAAGUGCUUUAUAUUUGUGUUCAUAUAGUUCCUGUGUCUGUUGCUUUUCUUUUUUUAAAUCUUUUUUUAUUCUGAACCUAACACCAAAUAAAAUGGGAAUUUCUAUAUACAUUUUUAGAAAAGGAAAAGGAGUUGGUACAUAACAAUCUGUUAAGUACAGUUAGCACUUUUAAAAUGUAGCUUUAAGCUUUUCUGUUUGUCUAUGAUUUUUUCUGACUUUUUGUGCAUUUUUAAAAUAAGAUGAGCCUCUCUUUUCUUCUUCUUUCCUUCCCUUCCUUCUUUCUUUCAACUUUUCUUCCUUCUCAAAUCUAUUGUUAUUCCUCUCCUUCCCAUGCCUUCCCAUUCCAGUGAAAAAAAUUAAAAGCCUUUUUCUAACAAAUUUGCAUAGUCACUUGCUUUUCUUUUUAAUCAUGAUAACUAUAACAUGCAAUUUUCAGUGACAUUUAUUUAUUUGUUAAUUAUUAAAGCUUUUUAUUUUUUAAGACAUGCAUGGACAAUUCUUCAACAUUAGCCCUUGCAAAAUCUUGUGUUCCAAUUCCCCCUUUGCCCUCCCCUCCCCCGCCUUUCCCCUCUGCACUGUGGAAGACCUCUACCCAACAUGACUACUCAGAGAUCACUCAAAGUAGAAAGCAGAAAGAUUGCUUAUUAUUAAAUUCUCAUGAAAAUGGGCAGUCCCACUGCCAGAUAAGGUACUCAAGGCCAAAGACUCAGUGGAUACACACAGAUUUAUAGUAUUUGUUACAAGGGGUUACAUCACAAGAGAGCAUGGGGUGGGGCAAUCUAAUUAGUUGUUGCUAUCUGGAGAGAUUGGAAUGAAAAGUUUCUGUUUCCCCAAAAUCACCUGAUUUCUAGGAAACAGAAAAUCAGGCCUUCAGGUUUUAGAUAAUCAAGCAGACAAUGUUUAAACUAAUAGACUAAAUAGGGGAAAAUGUCAAAUACUGAUAAAUGUCACUGACUAAUGUUAAAUAAAUAUGUCUGCAACCAAUCAAGGCCAAGCAAAUAUGCUUGCACGUGUUAUAUCCAUGCGGUCAUAGAGUAACACAGGAAUAAUGAAAACAAAAAAAAAGAAUUCACACAUUACUAUAAGUUCUUCAUUUCUCCAUUCCAUACACCCCCAUGCCCUUCCCUAGAUGGCAAAUAGUCCAAUAAACUUGUUAAACAUGGUAGAAAUACAUGUUAAAUCCAAUACAUGCAUACAUAUUUAUACAAUUAUCAUGCUGCACAAGAAAAAUCAAGUCAAAUCAUUAAAAAAAAAAAAAAGAUAAGCAAAAUAAAAUGCAAGCCAACAACAAUAGAAAGAGUAAGAAUGCUAUGUUGUGAACCAUAAUCAAUUCCCACAGUCUUCUCUCUGAGUGGAGAUGGCUCUCUUCAUUACUGAAUAAUUGGAACUGCUUUGAAUCAUCUCAUUGUUGAAGAGAACCUGUCCAUCAGAGUUGAUCAUUGUAUAAUCUUCUUGUUGCUAUGUAUAAUGAUCUCCUGGUUCUGCUCCUUUCACUUAGUAUCAGUUCAUGGGAGUCUCUCCAAGUCUCUCUGAAAUCAUCCUGUUGGUCAUUUCUUACAGAACAAUAAUAUUCCAUAACAUUCAUAUACUGUAAUUUAUUCAGCCAUUCUCCAGUUGAUGGGCAUCCAUUCAGUUUCCAAUUUCUUGCUACUACUAAAAGGGCUGCCACAAACAUUUUUGUACAUGUGGGUCCCUUUCCUUCCUUUAAGAUCUCUUUGGGAUAUAAGCCCAGUAGAAACACUGCUGGAUCAAAGGAUAUGCACAGUUUGAUAGGUCUUUGGGUAUAAUUCCAAAUUGCUUUCCAGAAUGGUUGGAUCAGUCCACAACUCCACCAGCAAGGUAUUAGUGUCCCAGUCUUCCCACAUCCCCUCCAAUAUUUGUUAUUAUAUUUUUCUGUCAGUGACAUUUUUUGAAGAAAUUUUCUUUUUUCUACAGUGACAAAGUGGCCUUUAUCACUGGAGGAGGUUCAGGAAUUGGGUUCCGAAUUGCAGAAAUCUUCAUGCGUCACGGAUGCCACACAGUCAUUGCCAGCAGAAACCAGCAAAGAGUGUCUGAUGCUGCAAAGAAAUUGGUUGCUGCUACUGGUCAGCAAUGCCUUGCUCUGUCUCUGGAUGUUCGGGAGCCUCAGACCAUUACUGCUGCAAUUGAUAAGGCUCUGAAGAAAUUUGGCAAGAUUGACAUUCUCAUCAAUGGUGCAGCAGGUAAUUUUUUGUGUGCAGCUAGCAGCUUAUCCUUCAAUGCAUAUAAAACUGUGAUUGAUAUCGAUACAGUUGGCACCUUCAAUGUCUCCAAAAUCAUGUUUGAGAAGUACUUCCAGGACCAUGGUGGUGUGAUCAUUAACCUCACUGCCACCCUGGACUACCGAGGACAGGCAUUCCAGGUGCAUGCAGGCACUGCCAAGGCAGCUGUUGAUGCAAUGACAAGGCACUUGGCUGUGGAGUGGGGUCACAACAAUAUCCGAGUUAAUAGUCUGGCACCAGGCCCCAUCAGUGGCACAGAAGGGAUGCGUCGACUUGGUGGCCAUCAACCCAACUGGGAUAGAAAUAUUUUGAGAAGUCCUCUCCAGAGAAUGGGGAACAAGACUGAGAUUGCCCAUGCUGCAUUGUUCUUGGCUAGCCCCUUAGCAUCCUAUGUGACAGGCACAGUCCUAGUGGUAGAUGGUGGGAGCUGGCUGACUAAUGCCAAUGAUUACAUGAAGUUGUUGGGGAUUGAUACUUAUUACCCUUCCAAACUCUAGAUUUAAGCUGAUGGUUAUUUGGGAAGAGUGAGUGGCUGCUUUCAUUGAAUUUCAUAAAGGAUGGCCUCUUCCUUUAUUCAUUUUCAUGGCUGCUUCAUUAUAGCUUAAAUAUCUUGAGUUCUUUUUUUUUCCUUCUUAAAAGUUUGCCUCUUGAUUUUUCAGAAGGGUCAUUGCACUCACCAUAAAUUAACAUUAAGAAUUAACAUAUUUUAACAUUACAAUUCUACAAUUCUAUCAUUGUAAGUUAAAGUUAUUAAACUUAAAUCAAUAUUAUAUCAAUAGAAUAUUUUAAAUUAAUAUUAGUUGUUAUAUUAAUAUUAUUCUUUAUAUGCUCAGAUAUUUCAAGGUAUGUCAGCUAACAAAAAUAUGGGAUUAUUGUAGUAAGAAGUGAUAUUUACAUAAGAGCUUUAAAGUUUACAAAAGACUUUAUGCAUCUCCACUUACUUGAGCCUUCUUUCAACCCUAGGAGAUACGUUCUACAGCAGAAAUGCCAGAUUUUGGGGCCUCAGAACUCUCCAUUUUAGCCAGAACAGAUUACAGUAUAAUUAGAAAAUGUUUAACAAAACAAAUAAAAAUAGAAUACAACAUAGAUGAUAAUAUGUUGUGGUUUUCUAAGUAUGCUGCAUCAGGAAUCAGGAUUCAUUUUUCUUUUGAGUUUGAUACCACUUUGUAUAGUUAUUAUUUACUAUCAUUUUUUUUUUACAGAUGAGGAAAUUGAGAGCUAGAGACGUAAAGGGCUUAUCUGUGGUCACCUAGUUAAUAAAAAUACCUAAUCAAGGGCAGGUUUUUUUUUUAAAUUCUGAGAUUAGUAAGUACCCCCCAAAAGAACAGUUGAAUAUUCAAAGUGGAGCAGAAAUAGAAGAUUAUCUGUAAAAACAUACAUGGCCAUUAAGUGCAGCUUCCUUUUUUUUUUUUUUUUUUUAAAGUAUAUAAUACCUUAAACAUGUUACUUCCAAAUAUAUCUUGUUUGCUUCUUUUGAGUUUUCUUCAUUUCUCUUCUGUGUGUUUUAAAACAUUCCUUAAUGACCUCUUUCCUUUUGUUUUUUGAAAAUCUUAUUGUUAGUUUUGCCCUUGAAUUUAUCCUCCCCAAAUUAAAAAUAAAAACACAAUUCUUUGGAACAAUCAAGUAUAGUCAAGCAAAACAAAUCUGCUUAGGCGUCAUAUUCAAAAAUGUGUAUCUCUUUUGGCACUUUCAGUCCUUCACUAGAAGCAGGAUUUGAACAUAGUUUUUCCAAACAUUAAGUCUAGUGCUCCCCCCUCUGUAGUGUUGCCCCUGUUGUUUGUCCUUCACUCUCAAACAAGACCAUGACAUAUUAAAAGUGAUUCCAUGACAUGCAAGUGAAUUGGAUAUAAGUGAGAGAAGGCUGUGCAAAAGGACCAUAGAUCUCUGGACAAAACUGAAUGGGAAUAAAAAGGAAUAUAGCGUUUUUCUCAUGAGGCAUUGCAUGGCUCCUAUAUAAAAACUGACUGUGUAUUUAGGGCAUAAAAGUCUCAUAACCAAAUGCAGAAAAGAAGAAAUAGUCGAUGCAUCCUUUUCAGAUUACAAUGCAAUAAAAAUUACAUUCAGUAAUAGGUUAAAAUUAAUUGGAAACCAAAAUCUAAUUCUAAAAAAUAAGUGGGCCAAAGAACAAAUCAUAGGAAGAAUAGAUAACUUCAUUAAAAAAAACGAAGACAACAUUCCAAAAUUUAUGGAAUACAGUCAAAGUGGUACUUAGGGGAAAUUUUAUAUCUAAAAUUCAGUAAAAUAGAGAUAUAGCAGAUCAAUGAACUGGGCAUACAACUUUAAAAAAGGCUAGAAAAAGAACAAAUUAAAACUCUGCAAUUAAAUACCAAAUUGGAAAUCCUGAAAAUCAAGAGAUGAAAAUCAUUGAAAGAAAAUCAUUGAACUAAUAAACCUAGAAGUAGGUUUUAUGGAAAAAAAAAAAAAAACAAUAAAAUAGAUAAAUCAUUGCUGAUUUUUUUUUAAAGGAAAUAAAACCAAAUUGCUAGUCAAUAAAAAGGAAAUUAAGACAAUUGUUAGGAACUAUUUUGCCCAAUUAUAUGCUAAUUGACAUUUUAAAUGAAAUGGAUGAACAGCUAAAAAAAUAUAAAUUAUUCAGAUGAAUAGAAGAAGAAAUAAAAUACUUAAACCUAAUCUCAGAAAAAGAAAUUGAAAAAAUCAUUAUAGCACUUCCUAAAAAAAAAAAUCCCCAGGGACUAGGUGGAUUCACAAGUAAAUGCUACCAAACAUUUAAAGAAUAAUCCCAAUACAAUAUAAACUAUUUGGAAAAUUAAGGGGCAGAAUCCUACCAAAUUCCUUUUAUAACACAAAUAUAGUAUUUAUACCUAAA